UGUUUUCAAUGUAACCAUUUCCGGGGAUUCUGAGACAUCGUGCGCAUGCGCAAGAUCGUACGCAUCUGAUGAAACACAUCACAGCAGUCGACUGACGUUUUUGAUUGAGCGAGGAAACAUGGCCAGCCUUGCUGCGAAGUAUGAUUACCUGGAGAAACUGACCCGUAAAGUAUGCGUGUCCCACAACCAAGAGCCAAAGAAAAGACCCUUUGUUCCAUUCCGAGGCAGUACGGCAAAUGAUGGUGCUCCUCCAAAGAAGAAAAAGAAGAACAAGAACAAGCAAAAGCCAACAAAAGGAGAUAACAUGAGUGCAAACAAAAAUAAACCAGUCCCAAAAUCCACUCAGCCUGCAGCACCUCCAGCUCAGAGAAAAACGGUCCAGAAUGGGAUUUCAGAGACAAAAAAUAAGUCUGAGGGUGGAACAUCACAGGAAUUUAAUGCUGUAGACAUUCUUCGUCAGAGACUUCAUCAGAAGAUUGAAGAGUCUCGUGGACAGGGCCCUCCUAAAGAUCCCUCCUCUGAGGAGGUAAAGAAUAAGCGAGAAAGACGAAAACAAGAAAGGGAGCGUCGGAAGAGGAAAAGGAAAGAGUUUCGGAUGAAAAAGUUAGCAGAUGAUGCAGCUUUGCAGGCAGGAGAAGACGACGACAAAGAGACAGAAAAGCCCCAACUGCAAGCUGCUCCUACAUCGAGCAUGCCUGCCAAAAAGGAGCAGAGCUUCGUAGUCUUCAACAAGAUGGAGGUUGGAGAAGACUAUGUGGACAAAGGAACAAAGCUGAUUGAGAAAAAAAAGAAAAAGAAAGUAAAAGGAACGCUGACUCCGCUCACUGGCAAGAACUACAAACAGCUUUUAACACGCAUCGAGGCGAGGAAAGCUCACCUGGAGCAGCUUAGAGAGAAGGACGAAGGGAAAGCAAAAAAAGAGGAAGAGAAGAUGAGGUGGACCAAUGUUCUCUACAAAGCUGAAGGCAUGAAAAUCAAAGACAAUGAGGAACUCUUACAAGCAUCGUUGAAGAAGAAGGAGAAAAUGAAGGCUCAGAAAAAAAAGAAGUGGUUACAGAGGAGCCAGCAGGUCGUGGAGAAGAUGCAAAAGAGGCAAGACAAGCGGAGGAGUAAUAUUAAGAAACGCAAGGAUGCCAAGAUGGAGAAACGCAAACAGAAAGCAAGGAAAAAGGGUCGUGUACUGCCUGUGGAUCUCAAGAAGGCCAAAUUAUAGGGAGAAAGGAUGAAAAGAAGUGAGGAUUUGAGGGCAAUGCUUUUGGAAAAAAAACUUUGCCUUUUUUUUAGGAUUGAAAGAGACUGAAAAAAAUGUAACAAUUUUCACAGUUUUUUUUUAUUGUGAAGAAAUGUCUUCUGUUGUCACUUUUAAGAUGUCAACUUUAUAAAGAGCAUAUUUUGUGUCCAUAUUUUGUGCUUUUCUUAUUCUGACAAGUUUGGACAUUUAUGUACAUAUACUACAUUUGUCUUCCAUUUAGCAGACACUUUUAUUCAAAGUGACUUACAAUAAAGGCACAUAAGCGAUUUGUCCCAGAAC